AUGCAGGCUUCACGGCAGCAGAUAGGACGUCAAUUGCUCUCCGGGCAGCGGAGGCCAGCAGUAGGAGAAGCAUACCGCUGUUUCUCUUGCUCAACCAGACAAGCACGACCUCAACACCCAUCAUCAUCCCCGCCACCACCACCUCCUCCUCCACCAAGGUCCCCGCAAGAUGCACCGCAAACAACGCACUUUGGCUUUGAAACAAUUGCCGAGGCCCUCAAGGAGCAACGAGUCGCAUCCGUCUUCUCCUCCGUAGCCUCCUCGUACGACUCAAUGAACGACUUCAUGUCCCUCGGCAUCCACCGCCUCUGGAAAGACCACUUCGUGCGGAAUCUAAACCCAGGACGGAACCCUCUCCUCUCCCCCUCCUCUACUCCUGCGGACCAAGGCAUGAACAUCCUCGACAUCGCCGGCGGCACCGGCGACAUCGCCUUCCGCCUCCUCGACCACGCCUCGCACAUAAACCACGACGCGCACACGCGCGUCACCGUCGCAGACAUCAACCCAGACAUGCUCGCCGAAGGCAAAAAGCGCUCGUUGGCAACCCCCUACGCGCGCUCCCCGCGCCUCGCAUUCGUCGAAGCCAACGCAGAGGAUCUGCACAUGAUCCCCGACGCCUCGGUCGACCUCUACACCGUCGCCUUCGGCAUCCGCAACUUCACGCACAAAGACGUUGCCCUGCGCGAGGCGUACAGAGUCCUAAAGCCCGGCGGCGUCUUCGCCUGCCUCGAGUUCAGCAAGGUGCAGAAUCCCCUCUUCGAUGCCGUCUACCAGCGCUGGAGCUUCGGUGCUAUUCCCCUCAUUGGUCAGCUCGUCGCCGGCGAUAGGGAUAGCUAUCAGUAUCUGGUCGAGAGCAUUGCAAAGUUCCCCUCCCAGGACGAGUUUAGUGCCAUGAUUAGGGACGCGGGGUUUUUGGUGCCCGGCAAGGGCUGGGAGGAUUUGACAAAUGGCAUUGCGGCGAUACAUAAGGGGGUUAAGCCUGUUGGGGGGACGAAGAAGAAGAAGGUGUAA